GGAGUCUUGGAUUGCGGAAGUCCACCACCCGCAAGGUAAGGUUGAAUCUGAGUGUAACCAGGACGCAUUCGCCGAGAAGCAGGCGUGGCUUCCACAUGCGGGAAGUCGGGGACAUUGACGUUUGGCCAGGACAUUCAGGAGAGCGCAGCGAGUAUGGAGCCGACGGGCGCCGAUGGCUGUUCCACACCGCAGCUGAGUAACGAUGAGCAGAUCAAGUUGCUCAAUGCAGUGAAAAACCGAGAGCUCACGGUUGAUCAGGCCUGGCAAAUUGCACAUAGUGGCAAGUCUACAGUGCAGGAGGCAAGCAAACCAGAUAAGAUGCUUGAAAGUACACCCUACAGCUUUGUUGUCCACAAAUAUAACCGAUACAGAUGGCAGAAAAGAAUAUUGAUGAUUGAUUUCAAUUCAAGGAUGUUGUGUAAUAUUGAAAAAGGAAUGAUUAAAAAACAGUUUAAAUUUAAUUCCAUCCAAUCCUGUGAACAUCUUGAAGGGCAGAAGUUCAGCAUUUCAUUUUUAGGCCACCAUGAUUAUGAACUUGAAGCCACAUCUUCUGAAGAUCGAGUAAAGAUCCUCCAGCUUGUGAACCAAAGCAUUCAGAGUAAUAUUAAUGAGGCAGAGCAGAAACAACAGAGUGCCAAUAAUACUGCACAGAAAAAUACUGGAAUCAUAAAAGAGGGACAUAUAGAAUUACAGAAAGGAGGCCUUACUUCAGUAAGGUGGAACAGAUGCUAUGUGCAACUGCGCAAAGGGGAACUGCAUUUCCAAAGUGUUAAUGUUGGUGAAGCUGGUGAACCGCUGGGCUUGACCCCAAACCUGAUUUACUUGUCGGAUGGUAACACAAGUGUACACAAGGAAGCAGAAAAUGGAUCCUUUACCAUCAUCACAAAGAAAAAUUGUUACUUACUUCGAAUACCAGUUACUGACCAGUUGAAAAGCACAGAAGAUUUAAUAUUGUGCCGGGAUGAAUGGAUAGAUGCAAUUGAUAAGUGUUGUUUGCAUUGGAAGAGAUUAUCUCAAGCACAGUUUUUUGGUGAGAAUACCUUGUUUGAGGUUAUGCCAGCUACACCAUCCAGAAAGGAGCCUGCUGAACAUCUCUCAUUAAAACAACUGGACUUGCUUCAAAACCAGAUGUGGGAUAAAGGAGAAGAAAAAGAAGAAGGAAAAAACACUUCCCCCGCUGAGAAAUCCCCAUUCCAAACAGUGCCUAUUUCUCCCAGACCUCUGCGCAUCCCAAUGCCACCUUUACCUCCUGUUCCAUACCAGAGAGCUGUCAUCCCCACACCUCCUCCGCUCCAAGCUCAAAAUUCAAGUGGUAUCAUGAGGAAGACAAAACCAUUCCACUGGGAAAAGGUUGCUCCAGAAAUGAUAUCAAGAUCUAUUUGGGGACAGAGUUCUGCACAAGAAUUGCAAUUAAAUUAUCCAAGUCUCGUAGAUCAGUUCGCUGCCCAAGAAAUGGUGAUCCAUUCAGUCAAUGAUUUUUCCACUCAUCAGGUUAUUCUUCUGAAUCAAAAAGUUGCUCAGAACUUCAACAUUUUUCUGAAAAGUUUUCCUGUCAAAGUGAACCAAUUGAAAAUGAAAUUACUCAUAUUACAAGAAGAAAAUGGCGGACUAACAAAUGAGCAGAUCACUUCAUUGCGGAGGUAUGUUCCCACUCUCAGUGAUAUUGAAAAAUACAAAGCAUUCAAAGACUCUCCAUCUGAUCUCCAUAUUGUUGACCAAUAUAUGAUGGAGAUGUGCAACAUUAGUUGUCUGAGCCAAAAACUGGAUCUUAUCCUUGCCUUGCGAGAACUUCCAGAAACUAUUGACUACCUUCAGCCCUUGAUAAAGCAGAAGAUCAAGGCAUGUUCGCAGUUGCAGAACAGCAAGAUGUUUGCUUCUGUGCUUGAUUAUCUUCUCGCAAUAGGCAAUUUCUUGAACAAGAAUGCUGGCAAGGAAAUGGCAAAAGGAUUUUCUCUGUCAUGCCUUCCAAAAGUGGUCGACUUGAGAGGGAAGGACAGGACAUUCACCUUACUUCAUGCUCUUGUGGACCAGAUCAUGUUGCUAGAACCAGACUUGACAAACUUUCCCCAUGAGCUGACAGAAUUUGAAGAGGUUCCUGGAGAUUCCAUUAAGGGUUUGAUUGCAGAGGUAGAUGGUUUAAAGAAUGAGAUGGGAAAAAUCACUCUGAACAGAGAGAUACUUAAAUCAAAGAACAAGAACAGCUCAGAUGUGCAAUUCUACAAAGAACUGAAGUCUAUUGUUGAAAAACAUGAAGUCGAACUGUCACAGUUGAGUAAACAAUGUGAUGAAAUGAAGAAACUCUACAGUGCCAUCUUGGUCAGAUUUGGAGAACCACGAGAUCGAGACGCGGAAGCUAUGUUCGGAUGGGUCUCCUCCUUCAUAAAAGAUUUCAGAAAAGUUGUUGCAGAACAAAACAAAUGUAGAUUGAAAACAGUUCAGAAAUAAUACUGACUUUUGUUAUAAGAACUUUUCUUUUCCUGGUGGCUAAAUGAUGUAUUUCAGAGUAGUGCUGAAAUUAGUCAAAUUACUAAUGUUAUUCUAAAAUCCAGUGCCCUGAAAACUGAAAUAGAACCAUCAAUUUGUUCAUCUUAAUGUCGAGAUAUUCAUCACCCCUUUCAUUUAACUCCCUCUAUAAUCACACACUAGGAGAACAAAUGGCUGCAACGUCCUCAAGGCUCCCACCAGUGUUAUUCAUGCGGGUUCUCAGAGGGUUGCAGUCCUGGAAGAUACACUGGCCCAUUAAUUGGAUGGAAAUUCAAUUGUUCAGAGGAUUAUACA